AAACAGGCGCAUCUGAGACUUCACUUGCAGUCGGCAAAGAUAAACUUAUUAUCAGUUACAGAUCAAUAAAAGUCGUUUGCAGCUUUUCACAAUGACGGGGAAAAGCAACGUGGUUAAACUUGACCACGGUGUUUUAAGCGCUGAGCAGCAAGAAAAACUAAAGCAGUUCAAGAUUAAAACAAGAAUUGACAACGAGAACUACCUCAGAUCACAUCCAGAGAUAGAGAUCCUCGUUGGCGACUUUCUAAGAGACGUGCUUCUGCAAAGACCUGUUGACGUUCGUGAUUUUGCUGCAGAGCAUUUCAGCAACCCAAACCUGCAGAGUGACACGCUCUCUAAAAUGGACAAGACUAAUGAAUUAAAGUGAGAUACUUUUAAUCCUCCUAACACAAGACGAGGAGUAACCAUGGAAUCUCACUCAUUUGUCUCGUUUAGAGUAUUGUUUAAAGUGAUUUUUUUAUUGACUUAGGACUUAUAGUCUUAGUAAUAAGAAGUGGCAUUCAACAUUUGUCUUUCUUUGUGUUUGCUGUCAUUCUAUAUGGCUGUAGAUUUUCUUCUGAGCAUGCAGUGAUAAAAAAAAGGUUGAAAAUGUCAUUUGUAAUACAUGUAAUCUUUGAGUCACUAAAAACAAAAACAAAAAUAGAGAAAACGCAGAAGUUGUGACUGAGCUCGUGCUUUGUUUUUGUCAUAUUUGCAUAAGUUCCUUUACAGGAAAAUUUAGGCCUGCUGACACUACCCCAAUUUGUUGGUGGUUCCUCUGAUUGUUCAAAAAUAUUCCCACAAAGGCUCCUCUGCCAUUAUCGUUUGAUUACGACUGCAUUAUAAUA